AUGCGGCUACGCCCUCUUCAGCCCACCUUUUCACUCAAAUCUCGCUCUUCGUCCGCAUCACAUCGGCGAUCCAUUGUUCUCGAGAAAGUCCGACCGAAGACCGUUCUUGACCUUCUCACGCUGUUGCAUUUCGGACUCACCUUCAUUAACUCUGAAAUGGUCGAACUGUGGACCUUCUCGACCGAAGAGCUGCAAGAGUCGUCGAAACGCCCGAAGCGGCAACGACGUCGCCCAAUCAGUGACGUUACCUGA